UAUUUGACAUGAACUGAUGCCUUCCUGUCAGUUUCAACUGAUCAGUUUACGGAGAAACGGUUUGAAUCCAGCCUGAGCUAACUGUUGCUAGGUAGCAACUUUUGCAUUGAAUUCAGGAAAACGUUAAUCUACCAGUAAUUAUGGUCGAUCGUGGUGUUUUGAAUACCAGUGAACACCAAGGUGUAUUUUCAAUGAUUUGAAGACCAUGAGACGGAGCCCAAGGAGACCCCUGAUCCUCAGAAGGAAGCUGCCUUUUCAGCAAAAUGAUCCGCCAGCAGCUGGAUCGCCGAGCCAGCCUGGUGCACCAGGCUGCAAAGAACCUCCAAAGUCAGCUGCCAGUCAGUCAUUCCUCAAUGGGAUCCACAUUCUGGAUCACCCUUCCAUGUCUGACACACAGGUGGUCGUCAUUCCCAAAACAGCAGACCUUCAAAGUGUUAUUGGGGCCCUCACCGCCAAAGGCAAAGAGUGUGGGGUCCAGGGACCAAACAAGUUCAUCCUUCUCAGCGGGAAUGGGAGCACUGAUGGUGGAUCAUUUUGUCAGCCUGCUGCUUCAGGGGAUGAAGUCUCUACAGCUGGUCAGCCAGUGAAAGCAGAUACUGUGCACUCUCCGGAUGCUAAAGCUCUCACAGGGAUUAAAACAUUGAAUAAGGAUCUGGAUUGUGGCCCUUUAGAUGACAGCCUCACCAAUAUUCAGUGGCUGGGCAAAAUGAGCACAUGUGCCUUGGAAUCAGAUCCUGGCAAGCAGACGACCGAAAAGGAGAACCAAGAAUCACAGACUUUUCAGGCACAGAAUCAACAAAUGGAUGCAGAAGCUGUUCAGCAGCCCCAGUCAGAGAGGCCACCGUACUCCUACAUGGCCAUGAUCCAGUUUGCCAUCAACAGCCGGAAGAACAGGAGGAUGACGCUGAAAGAGAUUUACACGUGGAUCGAGGACCACUUCCCGUACUUCAGAGAGGUGGCCAAACCUGGAUGGAAGAAUUCCAUCCGCCAUAACCUCUCUUUGCACGACAUGUUCCUUCGUGAGGCGUCACCAGAUGGUAAAGUUUCUUUCUGGACCAUCCGGCCUGAGGCCAACCGGUGCCUCACACUCGAUCAGGUGUACAAGCCUGGUUGUGACCCAAUGACUGCUCCUGUUCUGGUGCCAAUGCUUUUACAUUCCAACCAACAACAAAAGAGGAUGCAUCCUGAUCCAAGAAAGACACCAACCGGCUCUGAGAGAAGGAUGAAACCCCUCCUCCCACGAACAGAGUCGUACUUGGUUCCGAUCCAGCUCCCCAUCUCCUCCUCCGUCUACCUGCCGUCCUCGUCGGCCCAGUUUACCUCCUGCGCUCCGCAGAAACCAAACACUUCGCGGGGAGCCAAGAGAGUGCGGAUAGCUCCUAAGGUGACCCAAAGUGACGUCCCAACAGUGGUGAUGUAUCCUCAAAAGAGUCCAGACGUCAAGACGGGGGUGAAGGAGGAGCCAGCUCGUGUUCCAGUUAAAUGCCCAACUCCUAAAUCCCUUCCGCAGAGACAAGCCAGCAGCUCUCGACGUAAACAGCGCCUGGUUCACUCCGCGCACGAGGAGCCAGUGCUCCUCUGCCCUGAUAACACUUUCUUUGACUCUGGCGUCGCCUCCGAUGUGUCAACUUUCCAGGACAUGCGAGACACGGAGCUGGAUGACCCCAAGCAGGAGCAACACAGCCCCGACAGGGAGUUCUCCUUCAAGACCCCCAUAAAAGGCAGCAGCCACCUGACCUCGUCCACGCCCAGCAAGCCCCCAGCCAAUGUCUUUCCCGAGCUGUGGAAAGUGACCCCUGUGGGCAAGGGGAGCCACGACCUUCUGGACUUCAGCCCCAUUCGCACACCAGGUGGUCCUGCCGUCACACCGAGGCACGACUACACCACCUUCAGCUUCAACAGCACUCCCUUUAAAGACUGGCCCCUGUUCAGCUCCCCCAGAGAGCUGCUCACUUCCGCCCCCUCCAGGGCGGCGGGACCGUCAGACUCUCCCAUGGAUAACCUCAGGAGCAGCUGCUCCAGAGAGCUGCUGCAGGCGGGAGGCGCCACGCCGGCUAACCGCUCGAUCACUGAGGGCCUGGUGCUGGACACAAUGAACGACAGCCUGAGCAAGAUUCUGGUGGACAUUAGCUUCUCUGGACUGGAUGACGAGGACUUGGGCACAGCUAACAUCAGCUGGUCUGAGUUCAUCCCUCAGUUUAAGUAGCCUGAGGCCCAAAAGUCGUUGCAUUUUUUUUUUUCACAUGGACGUGUCAUCUGAUUUCAUUAACACUAUGGUUGGGAAGCCCCUGGCAGAAACAGCAAAGCAGAUGCAAAUGUCCAAAACUCCCAUACUAGCAGUGUGAUCAAUAAUACUCUCAGUCCAAAGAUCCGGCUAGCUGCACAGCUAACUGAGCUAACUAUUUAAUGGCAGCUACAGUUAGCAGUUACCCUGUUGACUAUUUGCUUUGACUGUGAAUUUGACAGUUAAUUACAUAUUGCACCUUUUUAAGAAAACACAUUUGGGGAAGUUGUCAGAUUUUGGACAUUAUAUUGUGGAUUUAUAAUAACUUGGUCAGAGUAGGACACCAGACAAAAAGGAGGUGCAGACAAUGUUUCACAGAGAAUAUAAAGCAUACUCUGAGAAUAUCAUCAACACUGGAUAUAAUUUGGUUUUGCCAGAAAGGUGCCAUCAGAAAUCAAAUCCACAAACUGUUUCAUAUAUUGAUUCAAGGUAAAAUCCAUAUAGUUUUAUAGAUUUCUGUACUAAAGUAAAAUGGUGCUUUUUACUGUGAUUGAAUUAACAAGUUUAAACUUUCUAUGCGGCUGCUGUGGUCAUUCAUCUGAACACUUUUUAUAGCUUUAAUGCUUGAGUAAAUGCCAAAAUGUUUUAUUUAAAGAUCAUUGGCUUUCUGUUGUGUCUGCUUUGCUCUCCUCUGGAUGUUUCUGGCCACCCCAGGGACUAAAAUUGAAGAGAAAAAUUGGGACACUUUAAUUUUCGUUACCAGGUCAAACUCGCAGGCUGCUCACAUUUUUUUUCCCUCACCACCUCUGGCUUACUUUUUCAUGAGGGCCAACUGCCUCUUUUAUCUUUUUUCUUUCUAUCCAUGUGGAAACUUUACACGCAAUCCUGUUUUAUUUCAACAUUUAUCCUUCCUCUCAUAUCCGUCUGUACUCUCGAAGGAAUUGCUAGAGAAGUGAAAUGUGUCUAAGUGUAUAUGUAAGUUGAUUUGCACAUAUUAAUAUAUAAUUUAGCUUUUACAUAUGAAAAUGGAAAGACCGUAUAUUGCCUGAUGAGCCAGUGAGACGCUUCUGUGCCUCCUGGAAUUGUCUAGUACUCUUUUAGAUUGUGAUGCAGGAUAUUUAGCAAUAAACAAUGGCAAAGUAAUACAAAUGGCACUAACAGCAGUAAGAUUGUCUCUGUAGUUUAAUUGUAGAAUUGUCUUCACCUUCUGUCUUUUCAGUAAUUGUUCUUCCAUAUGCCAGUAUCAGCACUUUGUACCUGCAUAGAGGGACAUUCUGCAUGCAGUGACGCCUCAUGUCAACACCAUAUCUUUGGGAACAAACUACGUCAUGUUUUGUGUCAGACUAGAACAGACUGUGUUAGUUUUCAAUAAAGAUGCAGAUCACCUUUUUGUAUUUUUCUGUUCAGCACAAAUAGAACAUAGAGGGAAUAGUGUUUAGUUCCAAGCAGAGCAGUUUUUUUACAGCGCCAUCUUUAGAGGAUAGAAUGGGACGUGUACCUGUUUCUGUGUUGAAAAUGCCACAAUAAUGUACGGCUUUAAUAAUCCCUUCAGGUCUGUGAGCAUGGGUGUUUCUGUGUGAGUUGAUCUGUGCACGGCUGAGUGACUUGCAGGAGUGAAAUGUUUUCUAAAGUUGGUGUUUUUUCUACAACUGUACAAUAAAUCUGUUGGUUUUGGUGCCUCA